ACAUUCUACUUACAGGUGAUCAGCUACAGCAGCCUGUCUGAACCAGAACCAAGGAGGAUAAGAGAAAUGUUAAGCAAGCUGGUAGUUAUCAAACUGAAUGGUGGAUUAGGAACUACCAUGGGAUGCACUGGGCCCAAAUCUCUAAUUCCUGUGCGAAAUGAGCUCACCUUUCUAGAUUUGACCGUCCAGCAGAUAGAGCAUCUUAAUAAAACGUACGACGCUGAUGUACCAUUAGUACUUAUGAACUCAUUCAACACAGACGAGGAAACCCACAAAGUUCUGCCAAAAUAUCGUGGUUUACGUAUCAAGAUUUAUACUUUCAAUCAGAGCAGGUAUCCAAGGUUGAACAAAGAAAGCUUACUUCCUAUUGGCAGGACGCUUAAAAAUCCGGAUCCGGAAGCGUGGUAUCCUCCUGGCCACGGAGACUUCUACGAAUCCUUCUUCAACUCUGGCCUCCUGGAGAUGUUCAUCAGCGCCGGCAGGGAAUAUUGCUUUGUUUCGAACAUCGAUAACCUGGGCGCCACCGUCGACCUCAAUAUCUUGAAUACGUUGCUCCAUCCCGGAGAAUCCUCGAGUCACGAAUUCGUGAUGGAAGUCACAGACAAGACGAAAGGUGAUGUCAAGGGUGGGACUCUUAUCCAAUAUGAAAAUAAGCUUCGCCUUCUAGAAAUACCUCAAGUCCCAAAAGAGCGUGUGGACGAAUUCAAAAGUGUCAACAAGUUCAAAAUAUUCAAUACUAAUAAUCUUUGGAUGAAACUGAAAACUAUCGCCAGUUUAGUGGAAGAGCAUAGGCUGAAUAUGGAAAUAAUAGUCAAUCCCAAACAUUUAGACAAUGGUAUGAAUGUCAUACAAUUAGAAACAGCCGCCGGAGCCGCCAUGAAGGACUUUGACGGUGCAGUGGGUAUCAAUGUUCCUCGAAGUCGAUUUUUACCUGUGAAGAAAACAUCUGACUUGCUAUUGGUGAUGAGCAAUCUCUACAAUAUGAGAAACGGAAGCUUGGCUAUGAGUCCCUUGAGGGCUUUUCCGUCGACUCCCCUCGUUAAACUGGGAGACUUGCAUUUCCUAAAGGUUCGAGACUUUCUAUCCAGGUUUGACACCAUUCCAGACAUGCUUGAACUGGAUCAUCUUACUGUUUCUGGUGAUGUCACUUUUGGGAGAGGAGUUUCUUUGAAAGGUACUGUGAUUAUCAUUGCCAAUCAUGGAGAUAGGAUUGACAUCCCAAAUGGUGCCAUUCUCGAAAACAAGAUAGUAUCUGGAAAUCUACGCAUUCUUACACACUGAAACUACUGUGUAAAUAAAAAAAGCAGACUUAACGUACUAGCUUAUUGGUCUUCCGAACGCUAAAAUAUCUGUGACAUUUAAUUAUUGUUAAGGGAAAAUCGAUAAGCUGUUAUAAUCGUUGAUGGCUCAACGUACUGCACAUUUCGAAUUUUCAUUCUUAAAUUGUAAUUAAUGUGUUAUUUUGUUUACAGAAGUUAUAGCAACAAGAAUUCAAGCAUAUCGCGUAUUAGUUUGCUGCCAAAAAUAUAAAUAAAGUAUAUUUUGUUGAAUUUA